UGUUGCUGUGAGUCCACGCGGAAACGUGCGCCAGAGAUCACCAUGGAGGAACACGACCAGGAGGGCAACAACAGCAUGGGCACGAAUAACGAUCAGGAGUGUGAGAAUGAAGACUGCGAUCCCAUCGAGGAUGACAAUAAUGAAGAAGAGUUCUCACUGGAGGAUGUGUUGCGUUUGGGCGGGACAAAGGCCGAUUAUGUCAUGCUGGCCAACGUCAGCGACUCGAACGAGCUCCUCAAUGGUGGAAAGAAAAACGCAAUUGAUGAUCUGGAGAAGGGAGAGCUGGAAGAAUUCAUUACAAAGCUGGGAAUUCGUGCUUAUGCAGGGCAACAAAUCAUUCCAGAUGGACAGGAUGAAAAAUCCUCAGAGCCAAGCAAAAAAGAGGGGAAAAAGGCAAAAAGCUCCAAAUUGAAAGAGGAUUCGAAGCCCGUUGUGAAAAAUGCCAUUAAACCCUCGACAGAGGAGCUCAAACAACCCCCUGUAAAAUCUACACAACUUGAAAAAAAGCAAAAAAAGCAAAAACAAAAGAGCGCAAACGUGUUUGAGUUUUACCCACGGCAGACUCUUCUUCUCAAACCCGGGGGUAAGUGGUUUGACAUGGAGUACGCCUCCGAGAGCACGUCUGCACCUCAGAAUGAGUCUCUGGUUGCUCAGUACAAGGCUUUGGCUCAGAAACUCUACGAGAAUGAAACUGUCCUCUACAAAACCAAGAAGAACUUCCAGAAAGGUGCCAACUCCACCUGGAUGAAGAGCGUGGUGUCCACGGGGACUCUGACCGACAGGAUGGCGGCGAUGACCGUGUUAAUUCAGGAUGCUCCGGUUCACGGUCUCCAGCACAUCGAGAGCCUUGUGUCCCAGGUGAAAAAGAAAGGGAGUCGCAGACAAGGCCUUAUGGCUUUGGAUACUCUCAAAGAGCUGCUUCUCAGCGACCUUCUACCGAAUAACCGCAAACUUUGGACUUUCUCCCAGCAUCCUUUUGAUCAGUUGGAGGAAAAAGCCAGUGGGAACAGGGACGCCCGGGACCGCAGGCUCAUCCUCUGGUACUUUGAGCACCAGCUAAAGUUUCAGGUAGCAGAGUUUGUCGUCGCACUGGACGCAAUGGCUCACGAUACGGUCCAGACCGCCAAAAUGCGAUCGCUUGCCACUGCCUACGAGCUGCUGUGCAACCAGCCGGAGCAGGAGAAAGCGCUUCUGGUGCAGGUCGUCAACAAACUGGGUGAUCCUGAAUACAAAAUCGCCUGCAAAGCCUCGCACCUGCUGGAAACCGUGAUUCACAAACACCCCAACAUGAAGACGGUGGUGUGCUGUGAGGUCGAGCGCCUCAUGUUCAGGUCCAACAUCAGCUCGAAGGCUCAGUACUACGCCGCGUGCUUCCUGAACCAGGUCAUCCUGAGUCACGAGGAAGCGGACCUCGCUGCCAGACUCAUCACCAUCUACUUCACGUUCUUCAAUGCGUGUGUCAAGAAGAAGGAUAUAGAGUCUAAAAUGCUCAGCGCUCUGCUAACCGGAGUGAACCGAGCGUAUCCGUACGCGAAGAGUGGGGAUGAGAAUGUGUGCAAGCAGCUGGACACGCUUUUUAAAGUGGUCCACAUCGUCAGAUUUAACACGGCUGUGCAAGCCCUCAUGCUGCUCUUUCAGGUCAUGAACUCCCAGCAGUCCAUUUCAGAUCGCUAUUAUGUAGCACUCUACAGGAAGUUGCUGGACCCAGGAUUAUUGUCAUGCUCAAAAAAGAGUAUGUUUCUCAACCUCUUGUAUAAGUCUGUAAAAGCUGAUAUAGUGAUCAGACGGGUGAAGGCUUUUGUGAAAAGGUUACUUCAAGUCAGCUGUGGGGAGACCCCUGCCUUUAUAUGUGGUGCGCUAUUCCUUGUGUCAGAGGUGAUGAAGGACAAGCCAGGCCUCAAGUUACUGCUACUGGACGAGGGGGAUGACGAGGAAGAGGUGUAUCAGGAUCUCGAAGAGGAUAGCGAUGAUGAGGAGGGACCCGUGGAUCCCGACAGGGACGUACAAAAACAAAGCGCAAAACAAUGCCAGAUGAAGCCCACUGCAUCAUGGGUACAUCAUCAAAAUUUGGAAGGUGGUGUAAAAAAGGAGAUAUAUGACCCCAUGAACAGAAACCCUUUGUACUGCGGGGCCGAUCACACGGCCCUCUGGGAACUGCAGAAGCUCUCCCUUCAUUUCCAUCCCUCCGUGGCUCUUUUUGCGAAGACUCUAUUGCAGGGAGAGUUCAUUCUGUACACGGGGGAUCCGCUGCAGGACUUCACACUUAUCCGAUUCUUAGAUCGCUUUGUGUAUAGGAAUCCAAAGCAAAUGAAGGGAAAACAAAACACAGAUGCUACGCUGAUGCAGCCCAAGUACAGGAGGACGCUCAGCAAUGUCAAGUCAUUACCUGUUAACUGUGAUGAAUAUUUGGCCAAAGAGGAGAGUCAGAUACCUGUGGAUGAGGUGUUCUUCUACAGGUACUUUAAGAAGCGCGAUGCAGAGAAACGGUGGAAACGGCCAAACCGAAAGGAAGACAAUGAGAGUGUGGAGGACGUUGACGAUGACGAAUUUGAUCGGGUUCUUGAUGCUUUUGAAGGAGACAGCUUUUUCACUGAGUUCAAGGACGAUGACUUGGACUUUGCAAGCAAUGUGACGCCCAAGUCGAAGAAAGGUGAAGAUCCAGAAGACUCUGCGUCUGACUCUGACCUCGAUGACCUUGAUGAUGAGGAAGUCUCUCUGGGCAGUAUGGAGGAUCUUGAAGAUGAGUUGGAGGAUGAAGGUGGAGAGUUCAUGGAAACAGAAGAUGCUGCUGCUAAUGAUGAUGAUGAUGAUGAUGAAGCAGGCGCUCAACCUGAAAAGAAAAGGAAAAGAACAAAGGACCAAGCAGUGUUUGCAUCAGCUGAAGAGUUUGGGUGUUUGCUGGAAGAAAACGCAGGCUUGAAGUUUGAAAACACUGGUAUGAAUGCAAUGGCCAAUACGGACAAAGCCGAUGUUAAGCAGCUGAAGUGGGAAGUUCAACGGAAUGACUGGAUCUGUGGGAGAGAUGUCCAAACUCUCAGGAGGAAAAAGGCCACGUUCAACAAGAGAAAGUUUGGAGUAACCAAAAAGCGACAGAGUGUCAAUAGGAAGAAAAUAAAAACUUGAGUCUUCAAUUUCUUCUCCAGCUUGAUGGACCAGACCUCCUAACAUGCUUCACGGACACAUUACAUCCCGGCCCACUGACUGUACCUCUAAUAUACGGGACAGGGACGAAUGCUAUGCCAUGUUUCUAUUAUAUUACAGCUGUAGAGUUGUUAAGUGGUUCAGUCAAUAUGGGCUGUUUCACACGUGUUGUAUUAAAUCCAGGGUUCCUACAUUCUUUGGAAAAUGCUUGAUUCUGUUAUGCUUUAAAAAAUUUACAUUUUAACAUC